AUGCUCCUGUGCCGGCUGAGGGCCCUGGCGGCCCAGCAGGGACUGCUACGGCUCCAGUGCGCUGCCCCAGCUCCAACCCAUCGCGUGCUGUCAACAACACCCUCUGACGAGUUCAACCGCGAGUUGUCGAAGUUCUUUGGCGCCGCCCCGCCGUCGCAGCAGCAGCAGGGCAGCGCGGCAGCAGGACUGGCACCCUCAGCGGCAGCACCAGGGGAGGCUCAGCUCCUGGCUGAUGUGAGCUCAGUGAACGCGGAACUCUUCACUUUCCUGGGCAUGCCGCAGCAGGGCGCAGCAGAGGGAGGGACGGCAGCAUCGCUGGCGCAGCAGCUGGCAGCACUGGCGGGGCAGGCAACUCGUGCGCCGGCUGCUGCGCCAGCAGCAGCGGCGCCGCAGACGAGCACCGGCGGCAGCAGCAGCAACAGCAGUUUGAGCAGCCAUGCUAGUAGCGGCCCCGCCGCCAGUUCUGGUGGUGCAGACCAAGGGCUGACACAUGUGGAUGCCAGCGGCAAGGCUGCGAUGGUGGACGUGAGCGAGAAGGCGGCCACGGUGCGGACGGCGACGGCGGGGGCGCGGGUGGUGCUGGGGCCCGAGGUGUUUGACCUGGUGGCGCGCAACCAGAUGAAGAAGGGGGAUGUGCUGACCGUGGCGCAGCUGGCGGGGGUGAUGGGCGCCAAGCACACCUCCACCCUCAUCCCGCUCUGCCACAACAUCCUGCUGUCCAAGGUGCAUGUGGCGCUGGCGCUGGAGCCGCGCGCCGCGGCGGUGGACAUCACCGCGUCUGCAACCACGGUGGGGCCCACGGGCGUGGAGAUGGAGGCGCUGACGGCGGCGGCGGUGGCGGCGCUGUGCGUGUACGACAUGUGCAAGGCGGCCAGCAAGGGCAUCCUGGUCACAGACCUGCGCCUGCUCAGCAAGAGCGGCGGGCGCAGCGGCGACUGGCGGCGCGGCGGCGAGGAGAGCGCAGGGUUGUGA